AUGAAGCUCUCCAUCACACUCGCUGCCAUGGCUGCCAUGGCUAUCAUGGCUCAGAACAUCGGAGACCCCGUCACCACCAGUGUGCUCGUCGUCGAGUACGUGCCAGCUGUCUCGACUUCGACCGUGUACCAGACCACUCAGUUCACCGUCUGGAGCUGUGCACCCGAUGUCACCAACUGCCCAGCUCGUUCUGCAACAUCCAUCGCCAUGGUCACCGCCAUCAUCGGCAUGUCAACCACAAUCUGCCCAGUCACUUUUGUCAGCACUCGUGUCAGCUCCUACACCACACCUGCUUCGACCAGCUACGCCUCAUCCACACCCGGUGCUUCCAUCAGCUCUGCCUCUGUGAUCUCGACUACCUACUCGACUGGCAGUUCCACCAUCACCAUCGGCUCGUCAUCGACCGACUUCAACUACUGGUCGACCAUCAGCUACAGUGCAUCCUCCACUGAGUCCAUCGUCACGAGCCAAGCCACUCUCUACUCUGGCGGGCCUUCUCUUCCAACCGGCGUUACCAUCAGCUCGACCACAUCAGGUGGCUCAGGUGGCUCAGGCAGCUCAAGCGGUUCAGUCGGCUCAUCAUCAGUCUCUGCAUCAAGCGGCUCAUCAGCAUCAUUGACAUCCACAAUUUCGACACUCUCAUCAUCUGGCUCUGUCUCAGCUGGUGCAUCAACAUCGUCAUCGGCAGCCACACUGGCAUCAGCAGGAUCUUCAUCGUCUGGUUCACCGUCUCCAACAAGCACAUCGGCAGGCAUCAUCACAUCUUCCGCCAGCGUCGUCGUCUCCACCAGCAUUGCUGCCAACGGCAGCUCAUACACUAUCUCCUACUCGCCAUUGGGGACUGGUAGCCUCAGCUCUCAGGUCAUCACUGGCCCAGGAUCCAGCAACAACAUCUCGGUGCCAUCUGGACCACCUGGCUCCGGUCGCCAGACUGUCUUGUCUGUCGUGUCUGCUCUUGCCUUGUGCAUGGUGGCAGCUCUGAUCAUGUUUUGA